AUGGAGCGCGAGUCGUUUCUCGAUGAGCAAAUCGCGGGCUUCCUUAAUGAGAAUUUUGUUUGCAUCAAGGUCGACCGUGAAGAACGGCCGGACGUGGAUGCGAUUUACAUGGAGUCUUUGCGAGUAGUUAAUCGACGAGCCAACGGUGGCUGGCCGCUUUCGAUGUUUUUGACUCCCGACGCAAAACCGUUUUUCGGGGGUACCUACUUCCCUGCGAGAGACGGGGAUCGCGGGGCGCGAUUGGGGUUCUUCAGCAUCUCGCAAAAAGUAUUGGAAGCGUGGAAGAAUCAAACUGACAAGAUCAAGGCAGAUGCGGACUAUGUAGCCACCGAAGUCAAAAGACGUUUAGCGGGGCAGGCAGUUCCCGCUGACGCCAAAAUUGACCCUGAUUGGAUCACAAGUUGUGCGGAUGGCCUGUCCGAUUCCUAUGACGGUGAGUUCGGGGGCUUCAGCUACUCGCCGGCCAACCCUAAUCGCCCGAAGUUCCCAGAGCCUUCCAACAUGUUCUUUUUACUCCAUGAGCUUGAGCAGGACAGCAGCAACAAACGAGCCCGCGAGCAGUUGGUAUUCACUUGCGAGCGGAUGAUGAUGGGUGGAAUCCUGGACCACCUUGGCGGCGGUUUUCAUCGAUACAGCGUUGAUAGAUUUUGGCGAAUUCCGCACUUUGAAAAGAUGCUGUACGACAACGCUCAAUUGGCAACCGUAUACAGCAAAGUUUACGAGCUAACCAAUCGUCCCGAGUUUCGGAUGGUGGUCGAUGAGAUGCUGGAAUUCGUGUUGCGAGAGAUGCAGGACAAAGGCGGUGCUUUCUAUUCCGCUCUCGAUGCUGAGUCAGAAGGUGAAGAGGGUAAGUUUUACCGCUGGGAACUGAAGGAAUUGCAACAGACCUUGACCAAGGAAGAAUUUGGUUUGUUUGCCAAGGUCUACGAGAUCGACAAAUCGCCAAAUUUUGAAGGCAGUUACUACGUCCCGCAACUUUCGACGAACUUCCAACAGAAGGCCAGCGCUGCCGGCAUGGAUGUGAAGACGCUCAUCGAAAAGCUCAAGCCAAUUCGAAAGAAGUUAUUUGAUGUUCGCGCCAAGCGUGCUCGGCCGUUGACGGACACAAAAAUCCUGGCGAGUUGGAACGGCAUGAUGAUUCGCGGGUUCGCUGAUGCUGGCCGUAUUCUGAAGAAUGAAAAGUACGUCAAGGCAGCACAGAAAGCAGCCGAAUUUCUGUUGAACAAGAUGGUUGAUAAAGAUGGACGACUGGUCCGAACCGUGACUGACGGCCAAGCGAAACUCAACGCGUACGUGCCAGACUACGCAUGCGUUGUUGACGGAUUGAUUUCGCUUCAUCGAGCCACUGACGAUCAAGGUUGGCUUGAUGCUGCCCUUAGGAUCCAGGUUAAACAGGAUGAGUUAUUUUGGGAUGAUGAGCACGGUGGGUAUUUUUACACAUCGGAUGACCAUGAAUCACUGAUGGCUCGUGCGAAAAGAACGACUGAUGGAGCGGUCCCAUCCGGGAACAGCGUGACUGCCGGGAACCUCGUCUAUCUAGCCAAGGCCUUGAAUAAACCUGCGUACCUGGAUCAGGCUCGCCGCACGAUUCUGUCUGCCUCGCCCCUGUUGGAUCAACUGCCGUCUGAAGCGCCACGGCUGCUGAUUUCAGUUCGGGCAAUUUCUGCUAACAAUCAGACGACUAACAAGACCACCAAAUGA